UCUAGUUACGCAUGCGGUUGACGUAAAACCUCGCGCAUCCCUGCGUGGAUUACGCAGCUCUCGUUUGUAAUUAAGGACGUUCCCUGCUGUUACACAGUAACAAGAGUGUCGAUGCCCAUCCUCUUGUUAACUAAAUUCAGGACAGAAGCGGUGAGAGACAGAUCUCGCCACCAUAUUUUAAAAACAGGAAGCGGAAGUAUAGAGCACGUGUGCUGUGUCUCCGAGGUCACCGGCUGCCUGAUAUGCCUGCAUUUUUACGGUUGCUAUGGAAGAUGUAACUGCUAGUGAGGAACCGUCUACCACGGUCAUGUACCGCGUGGAACGGUCUGUAUUCAAUGAAAGCUAUAUUGACUCUGAACUUCUACACAGGAAGAAGAAAACACCCAAGACAUGUAUACGGAGAGUUACUGAUCAGCUUCGCUGUUCAUCUGAGAAAGCCAAAUCUAUUGUACUUAGUUUCCUACCCAUAAUAACAUGGCUGCCAUCAUAUCCAGUGAAAAAGUGCCUGUUUGGGGACAUAGUUUCUGGUAUCAGCACAGGUGUAAUGCAGUUACCUCAAGGUCUUGCAUAUGCGAUGUUAGCAGCCGUGCCUCCUGUGUUUGGCUUAUAUUCGUCUUUUUAUCCUGUCCUGUUAUACACAUUUUUCGGUACCUCCAGACAUAUAUCAAUAGGUACAUUUGCAGUAAUAAGUCUGAUGAUUGGUGGGGUUGCUGUAAGGGAGGCUCCGGACUCCAUGUUUAAAAUCAAUGGGACCAACGCAUCACAGGUGGUGGAUCAUGAAGCUCGUGAUGCAAGAAGAGUAGAAGUGGUUGUAGCUCUAACAACGCUAGUAGGAAUCAUUCAGUUUGUUUUGGGUAUGCUGAGAUUUGGCUUUCUGGCGAUCUAUCUGACUGAGCCGCUGGUGCGAGGUUUCACCACAGCCGCUGCGGUGCACGUCUCGGUUUCACAGCUCAAAUACCUGCUGGGGGUGCAGACUAAUCGCUUCAAUGGGCCUCUCUCCGUCCUCCAUAGCGUUGAUGCUGUCUUCAGGAACAUCGCAAGCACUAAUAUUGUCACUCUUGUUAUUGGACUGGUGUGUACCCUGUUUCUGUAUGGUGUGAAAGACCUCAACGAACGCUUUAAAAAGAAACUACCCAUCCCAAUCCCUGGAGAGAUCAUAGUGGUAAUCGUCUCCACUGGGAUCUCGUAUGGCCUGGCUAUGCAUAAACAUUAUGGUGUGGACGUUGUGGGUAAAAUUCCCACGGGGUUGCUGCCACCCAAGGUUCCAGACUUUUCAGUCUUACCCAACCUCUUCACAGAUGCCAUAGCUAUAGCUGUUGUUGGCUUUUCAAUCUCUAUCUCACUAGCCAAAAUCUUUGCUCUCAAGCAUGGCUACAGUGUGGAUGGAAACCAGGAGCUCAUCGCGCUGGGACUCUGUAACUUCAUCAGUUCAUUUUUCCACACGUUCGCUGUUACCGCCUCAAUGUCUCGCAGCCUGGUGCAGGAAAGCACGGGAGGACACACUGAACUUGCAGGACUCCUGGCGUCUUUACUUGUGCUACUGGUGAUCGUGGCCAUCGGGUUUGUCUUUCAGCCUUUACCUACUACGGUGUUGGCUGCUAUCAUCUUGGUCAAUCUUCUGGGGAUGUUUAAGCAAAUGAGAGACAUCCCUGCAUUAUGGAGGACCAGCAAGAUUGAACUGGCAAUUUGGCUGGUGUCCUUCAUCGCAUCAGUUCUUCUGGGUCUUGAUUAUGGACUGGUGGUGUCCAUGGGUUUUGCCAUAUUCACAGUUAUUUACAGAACACAGCGUCCAAAAAAUGCUCUUCUUGGACAAAUCUCAGAUACAGGACUGUAUUUUGAUGUGGACGAGUAUGAAGAGGCUGAGGAAUGCUCAGGGAUUAAGAUUUUUCAGUCUAAUACCUCCUUCUACUUUGCAAACAGUGACUUGUAUGUAAGCGCCCUCAAAGCAAAGACAGGAGUUGAUCCCGUGAAACUUCUCGCAGCCAGGAAAUCACAGCUUGAAUAUGCUCAGAGACACACCAGGGAAAAGAAAAACUCGAAAUAUAAUUCUUCACCCAAGAAAAGCUCUGUUGUUUUACUGGAUAUGGAGUUGGGUGUCACUAAUGAAGUGGUGGCCGAGGCAGACAAAGAAAUGGAUGUAUUUACAAAUGGACAGGCAACUGAAACCCAGACGGAGUCGGAAUCUGAGGACGAAUUUUUCCUGCAGCGUCUGACCCCCAUUCACUCCAUCAUACUGGACUUUACACCCGUUAACUUCAUUGAUUCUGUAGGAGCCAAAACAAUCAAAUCACUGAUUAAGGACUAUGCAACAAUCGAUGUGAAAAUCGUCCUUGCUGGAUGCAGCAGGACUCUGCUAUCUGAUCUCAGGACGCUACAGUUCUUUAGUGAUCCUGUGACCUCUGACCUCAUUUUCCCCACCAUUCAUGAUGCUGUGUUACACUGCCAAAACCAGAAGGAUCCACCCAGCUGUCCCGACAACCAAUGAAUGACUAAUAAAUGCACUGUUUGAUUGGCCAGAGUUUGUUGGAAGUGCUGUUACUCAACAACAUAAGAAGACUUGGAGCUUCCUGAUGUAAGGGACAGGCCAAACAUUUUAUCUGUUAGAUGGAUACACUUUGCAUAAUGUGUGUAUAUACACCAGCAAACAUCGGGCUUAAGAUCAUUAUCGCUGGUGAUUUAUUACACAAGCCAUGAUCUUAAGCUUUGCUGUAAAUUGUUACAGACAAUUGUAGAAGACUCUUUAUUCUUCUUUAAAGUGCAAUUACGGUAGAUGGACACUUGACCAGUGUUUAUUUGUUUGCAUUGGUCUGGGGCUUAUAUUGACAUUCCAAUAAGCUUAUUUUUAUGGAUCACAUUUGUUACCUGAAUUUAGCAUAACUGGAUUUAGUUUUCACCAUAUUUUGCUUUGUUCAGCAAGGCCACAGUUUCUCUGUGGUGCUGGGUUACUGGCUGUAGUAUUAUAGCAAAUACGCAGUUUAAUGUGUUACGUAUUAUUUAAAAGCUGACCACAGGAUUGCACUGCUUUUUAUAUUUUAAACUGAUGUUUGAUACGACACCAUGCAAAAUGAUGAUUUUUUUGUAACACUUUACAAUAAGGUGGUAUAUGUUUACAUUAGUAAAUGCAUUAGCUAACAUGAACUAACAAUGAACAAUACUUCUAUAGCAUUUAUUAAUCUUAGUUCAUGUUUUUUUAGCAUUUAUGAAUACAUUUUUAAAAUCAAAAGUUGUGACUGUUAAUGUAAGUUAAUGAACCAACAUGAAUAACUGUAUUGGCAUUAACAAAGAUUUAAAAAAAAUGCAUAAAAACAGUAUUGUUCAUUGUUACUUUAACUAAUACAUUUACUAAUGUUAACACACAAAAACUUUAUUGUAAAGUGUUUCCGAUUUUUGUUGUAGCUUUUAGUAACAUCAUAAUUUUCAAUCACUUUAUGCCAGUGAAUAAUUUAGGAGUUUUCUUGAAUUUUUCUUUGUUUUAGGAUUAAUUUGCAGGAGUAUCAGUUAGUGAUCAAUGAAACAACUGAUUCUAUGAAGUCUUGAAAGGUUUUUAUUUUUAUGUUCCCGUCUCUGGUGCAUUACAUUGACACAUUGAGAUGCACUUUCUGUUUGAUGGACAAAACUGAUCACUUUCAGCACUUUUAUGUUGCUUUUACAAUUGAUCAACAACCAUUAUAGGACAUUUGAAGAAGUUUCUGUACUGAUAUUUAGAUGCCGUUCCUCUUUUAAUGAAGACCAAAGUUUAGAAAUCAACUGCAUAUGUGGUGCAUUUUAUUGUUUUCAUGGUUUUGUGUAUUUGAGAUAUUUUGUAUAAUAAAUGCUAAAAAAAAUAUUAUAAAUUAUUAAAAGUUUAUUUCACACAAG